AUGUCGCAUCAUGCCGCCGACGGCAUCUGCUCUGAAGACUGGCCGGACCUCACCGACCGCGCGGGCCAGAAGCUGUGUGAGGGUUUGGAUACCGGUGUGCGCAUUCUGGAAGACGGCCGCCUCGACAUCAAACUCAGCGACCACAAGCCCUGGAUCCAGCGCAUCGUCCGGCACACAAAAGAACACCCCUACCCAAGCGGUCACCCCGACCACAAACCCUCGGUCACAUUCUGCCCGAACGAAGAAGAAUCCUACCCGCUGCGUCUGAACAUUGUCAUCCAAGUCAUCGGCUCCCGCGGCGACAUCCAGCCCUUUCUCGCAAUCGGGCAGCGCCUACAGAGUCACGGCCACCGCGUCCGGCUGGCCACGCACCUCUCCUUCCGCGAAACCGUGCAAGAUUCCGGACUCGAGUUCUUCAACAUUGGCGGGGACCCCGCGGAACUCAUGGCGUUUAUGGUGAAGAAUCCGGGACUCCUGCCGGGCAUGCGGACGAUCCGAAGCGGGGCGAUUCGCAAGCGGAGGAGGGAGAUGCGGACGAUCUUCUCGGGGUGUUGGCGGAGUUGCUUUGAGAUGGGCGAUGGCACGGGGAUUGAGCAUCAUGUGCCCAGUGAUCCGUGGAAUAGCGACGAGGUGGACUAUCGCCAUGUGCCGUUUGUGGCCGAUGUGGUGAUUGCGAAUCCGCCGAGUUUUGCGCAUCUGAGUUGUGUGGAGAAGCUGGGCGUUGCGUUGAAUCUGAUGUUUACAAUGCCCUGGUCCGCCACACAAGCAUUCCCCCACCCGCUCGCCAACAUCCGCUCGAAAAACACAAAACCCUCGGUCGCAAACUUUGCCUCGUACGCCAUUGUUGAGAUCAUGCUCUGGGAAGGCCUCGGCGACCUGAUCAACCGCUUCCGCAAGCGCGAACUAGGGCUGGAUCCGCUGGAUGCGCUGCGCGCCCCGAGCAUCGCGCACCGGCUCCGCAUUCCAUACACCUAUCUCUGGUCCCCCGCCCUCCUCCCCAAACCCCUCGACUGGCCCCCCAACAUCGACGUCGUCGGCUUCUCGACCCUCCCCGAAUCCUCCUACACACCACCAAGCGACCUCGACACCUUCCUCUCCUCCGGCCCGCCCCCAAUCUACAUCGGCUUCGGCUCCAUCGUCGUCGACAACCCCUCCCACCUGACAAAUCUCGUCUUCACCGCAAUCCGGCGCACAGGCCACCGCGCCCUGGUCUCCCGCGGCUGGGGCAACAUCGGCGCAGACCAGCCUCCCUCCGAGGAUAUCCUCAUGAUCGACAAAGUCCCACACGACUGGCUAUUCCAUCAUGUAUCUUGCGUCGUGCACCAUGGCGGCGCGGGGACAACGGCCGCAGGCCUCAUCCGCGGCCGACCCACGGUCAUCGUCCCCUUUUUCGGCGACCAGAUGUUCUGGGGGGGGAUUGUGUAUCGCGCGCGUGCGGGGCCCGCGCCUAUCCCGUACAAGCAGCUCACGGCCGACAAACUCGCCGACGCUAUCGAAGUAGCGUUGAAAGACGAGACAUUAUCCAAAGCGGAGGAGCUCGGCGCGCAGAUGCGCGAUGAAGAGGGGGCGCGGAACGCGGUGUGUAGUUUCUAUCGGCAUCUCGAUGUCAAAUCCCUGCAGUGCGAUAUCUGCCCGGGACGGCCGGCGGCGUGGUGGGUUCAGCAUUCGCGUGCGAGGAAGAGGCCCGGGGGUGUGAAGCUCAGUGCGUUUGCGGCGACGGUGCUCGUUGAGACGGGGCUUUUGAAGCCGCAUGAGCUUGUUUUGUACCGCUCAAAAGAAUACGACACGAGCCGCGACCCCAAGGGCCCGCUCUCCGCAGGCGCAGAGGUUCUCUACGGCGUCGUCACGGACUUUGUAAGCGCAAUGGCUGAAAUGCCGAAUGAUGUCGCCGAGAUGAUUCGUGCGCAUGGUUCUCAUGGGGUUGGACAUGGCCAUUCGGGCGAGCAUCGCCACUUGAAGCAUGGACAGCGCCCGCCGAAUCCGGUGCGUGAGUGGAAGAAGAGGCAUUUUGCGAUCGCGAAGAUGGAUUCGGGAGGGGGUUCUAGUGAUGCUUCGAGGGCUGAUGGUGAACGGGAUGGGCGUGAUAGCAGUGUAGAGGGAAGCCUGGGGGAGGACAACAGCAGACGCAACAGUUCGGCGUCCCGUUCCAACUCGUCCUCCAACUCAGACGCAGCGACAGAAUCAAGCUACGCUUCGGCGCCGUCCACCCCCAUCCCACAACCGCAAUCCCCACCACUGGCCUCCAUCGCCGCAGCCAUCUCCCGGGCGCCGACAAACCAAGAGCCAGAUCUGACCAACGAACUAACCGCCCUAAGUCUCGAGAGUACACUGCGCCGGCAACAAUCGCGCGAAAAAUCCGUCCAGAUCCGCGAAAUCCUCACAGACGCCCGGUACCAUGCUACGCGGGCCGGCAAACACCUCCUCAACUGGGUGCUGCUCCUCCCGACGGAUCUGGCGCUAAGCUUCUCAAAGGGGUUCCACAAUGCGCCGAAGCUGUAUCAUGAUCCGAUGGUGCAGGAGACACCGACGGUUCGUGGAGUGAAAGGGGGGUUUCGGGCUGCGGGGACGGAGUUUACGCAGGAAUUCUGCCAGGGCAUCACGGGUCUCGUCAAGCAACCCAAAUACGGACGAAAAGAGGGCGGGACGAAGGGGAUGAUCAAGGGAGUCGGCAAAGGCGUGGGCGGAGUUAUCCUCAAGCCAGCUGCCGGCCUCUGGGGCCUGAUCGGGUAUCCACUCGACGGAAUCCACAAGACGCUCCGCAACUCACUGGGGAAGAGCAAGGUAAAAGAUAUCCUAGCCUCGCGCAUCCGCCAGGGACUAGGGGAGAUGGUCGCAGCCACGCCUGAAGAACGCGCCGCGGUCAUCCGUCGCUGGAACGAGAUACAGAAGGAGAACGAUUUGCAUAAUUCAUAA